AUGCAGCCCUAUAUUAUCUCAUUCACAGAUGUCAAGGCAGACGGAAACUGUGGCUUCAGUGCUAUUGCCGUUUUACUUGGUCUUGGCGAGGAUGCAUGGCCUUAUGUACGACGUGAUCUGAUUUUUGAGUUGAGGACAUUUUGGAACGAAUACAUUGAGAUGUAUGGUAGUUAUGACCACGCAAUAUCAAUUUAUCAUUCACUAUCCUUCUUCGAAUCACAUAGAUCAGCAUCACUUGAGUAUUGGAUGACGAUGCCAGAUAUGAGACACUUAAUUGCAUGUAAGUACAAUGUCAUACACAUUCUUAGCCCAAAACAGUGUGACACAUAUUUGCCUCUGCGUUCCAUACCUCCACCGACAGAUGAACGUGUAUCUAUGACCACUGGAUUUGUCAAUGACAAUCACUAUGUACCACUGUCAUUGGCAGAUAGAUACCCAAUGCCUUUUGUCAUGAUUCAAUGGUUUAAAUACAAGUAUGAAUGUGAAGCUGACUGGGUUACUCCAUAUAAUGAACAACUAGCCUUAUUCGUCUAA